ACGUGACAGUUUCGUGCGAGUUCAGUAAAUAAAUUGAGUAAGUCGGGGGAUUUUUCGUUCGAUGAAAAACUGAAUGACACAUGUCCAAGUAUUUGCCACGCCUGGCGGCACCCUGGAGGGGGCGGCCAUCGCUGAUGGCCCUGCGCCAUGCCACUACCGACUGUGACAAGAUCGCCCACACGACGGUCUCGAUGGGUCGCAGCCUGCGCAAGACCUCGCCGUCGGCCUACAAGAUCCUGCGCACCAGUGUGGCCAGGCUGGAGCAGAUGAUAGGCAUGGGCCACAGGAUCAGGCUGAGCGAAAAGGAGCAGGCAGCCAAUGCGGUGAUCAUGGCCGCGAAGCAGAAGGAGAUACAGAGAGGGCUGCUCGAUCCGUCCAAGUUCUCGCCGGGCAAGCACAUCUUUGAGACGCUGAGCAGCAUACGCAAGUCGCCGAUCUUUCGGCUGCUCAAGAAGAUGCCCAAAGGGGGCGUGCUGCACGCCCACGACACGGCCCUGUGCAGCACGGAGUUCCUCAUUGCGCUCACCUACCGCGAGCAUCUGUGGAUCUGCACCACGGACGAGGGCUGCAGGGCGAUUGCGUUCCGCUUCUCCGUGGACAAACCCACCAUGAAGGCCAUGGAGGCCUGCAACUGGGAGCCAAUGGAGGAGUUUCGUCAGCGGCGCGGCGAGGAGAAUGUGCGACGGUACCUGCAGCAGCGCUUCAGCAUGUAUCCGUUCUCGAACUUCACUUCGAACAACGAGGCGUGGAGCCACUUCAUGGGCAUCUUCAUCCUGCUGGACGGGCUGCUCUGCUACGCGCCGGUGUGGGGCGACUACUACUACAACGCCCUGCAGGAGUUCUACGAGGACGGGGUGCAGUAUCUGGAGCUGAGAUCCCUGCUGCCGCCGCUCUACUGCAUCGGCGGCGAGAUGCUGGCCAUCAGGGACACGGUGGCCAUCUACCAGUCCGAGAUGAAACGCUUCAAGGCCUCGCAUCCGGACUUCAUUGGCUCCAAGCUGAUCUACGCGCCGCUGCGUGGCGUCGAGCCCAAGGUGGUCGACGAAUAUGUCAAAACGGCGGUGGAACUGAAUAGGGAAUUUCCCGACUUCAUGAUCGGCUUCGAUCUGGUGGGCCAGGAGGAGCUGGGGCGACCGCUCAUUGAGUUUGUGGAGCCGCUGCUGAAGAUGCCCGAGCACAUCAACUUCUACUUCCAUGCGGGCGAGACGAACUGGUUCGGUUCGCCCAUCGAUGAGAAUCUGCUCGAUGCCAUUCUGCUGGGCACGAAGCGCAUUGGGCACGGCUACGCCAUCACCAAGCAUCCGCUGUCGAUGCAGCUGUGCCGCCUGCUCGACAUCGCCGUCGAGGUGUGCCCCGUCUCCAAUCAGGUGCUGCAGCUGGGCGUCGACUAUCGCAACCAUCCGGCGGCCCUAAUGAUAGCCGCCAAUGUGCCCAUUGUCAUCUCGUCGGACGAUCCCUCGUUCUGGCGUGUGGCCCCCCUGUCGCAUGACUUUUACUUUGCCUUUCUGGGCAUCGCCCCCAUGCAGGCGGAUCUGCGGUUCCUCAAGUGCCUGGCCCUCAACUCGAUCAAGUACAGCGCCCUGCGGGGCCACGAGAAGAAGGAGGCCUUCGCCAAGUGGCAGAAACUGUGGGACAAAUGGAUCGAUGAGGUGAUACAAAAGAACUCGGCGUAGCUUUCAUUAAAUUUCGCAUUUUAUUUGA